AAGGGCAUUAAUUCUUAAUAUCGGAAAAACCUUACUCCAUAUAUGGGACUAAAGCAUUAACAUAAUUUAUUCAUUCUGUUGCGGAUUCAUUUCACUCUGGUACAGCGCGCAUCACCCCCCCCACCCCCAGGCCGUGUUGGAAAGGGGACGUGGAUAUUAAUGUAGGCUUGGCUACUGGACAAAUAGGUAGGGCGUCAAGAACGUGAGGGGGGCGUGGUUACUGAGCAAGGGGGCGUGGCGGUUGGGCAAGAGGGCGUGGAAGUUGAUAAAGGGGCGUGGAUGCGGAGCAAAGGGGGCGUGGCUGCAUUAGGGGGCACGUGUGGUUGCCGGCCUUAGGCCGCGUCCGAGGCCGCGUUGUUUGUGUUUUGUGCGGGUGGGCGCGGAGAGAGAGAGAGACACACCGAGAGAGCGAGAGAGAGAGAGAGGGGGGCACUUGAGCACGGAGGAGCGAGACGCUGGGGCUGCGAGCCCCGUGCCGGCGCCUGUCUGCCUUCCUCGCGCGGGGCGGUGGAGCUGUCCCCGCGUCGCGUGCGGCUCAAGGCGAGGAGAAGGCCUGGCUCGGUGGAGCAAGAGUCUCUGCAUCUUGGUCCUAAAGCCGGGUUGCCGCUCCGCCGCGGUGUCGCGACAGACGGCCCCACGGCUUUCGCCCGUGAAUAGGCCGGUGCCCCGGCCCAGGCGGGGACCCCCGGUCGUGAACCGCCCGCCGCCAUGAGCGGCUCCCGGCCGGACGUGGUGUGGUGCCCGCAAAACGGCAACCGCUUCGUGAUCUGCGACUCGGAAAUCUCGCUGUACCGCGUGGACGCGGCGCGUGGUGGCGGCGGGGAGGCGCGCGAUGGCAGCCACCGGCUGUCGGAGGAUUCGACCGCCACGCUCCUCGACGUCAACUCGGAGACUCCCUACAUGAAGUGCAUGGCCUGGUGCCCCUGGCAGAAGUCGUCCGAGUGCCUCCUGGCGGUGGGCCAGGCCAACGGGCGCGUGGUGCUGACGAGCCUGGGCCAGGACGGCCUGGCUCGCCACAAGGAGCUAGUGGGCAAGGAGUUCGUGCCCAAGCACGCGCGGCAGUGCAACGCGCUGGCGUGGAACCCGCACGACCGCAGCCUGCUGGGCGCCGGCCUCGACAAGCACCGCGCGGACUUCUCCGCGCUGGUGUGGGACGUCAACGCCAAGUUCACGGCCUCCGAGGGCGCCUCGGCCGCCGCCAUCAUGGAGCGUGGGCGGCUGCUGCUGUCUGGCGAGGCCGAGACGAACAUGGUGGUGACGAAGCCCGUCUGUGAGUUCGGGCAGAACGACGCGUGCCUCUCGCUGGCGUGGCUGCCCCGCGACGCCCGCCUGCUGCUGGCGGGGAUGCAGCGCAACCUGGUGACCUACGACUUGCGCGACACCACGCAGAAGAAGCUCUUUGCCAACACCAAGGCGGUGCAGGGCGUAACCUUCGACCCGCACUUCCCCGACCGCUUUGCGUCAUUCUUCGAGGGCCAGGUGGCCGUGUGGGACCUGCGCGUGCCCGACAAGCCGGUGCUCACGCUCAACGAGCCGUCGCGCCAGCUGAGCAAGGUAGCGUGGUGCCCAACGCGCACGGGGCUGCUGGCAACGCUGGCGCGCGACAGCGGCGUUGUGCGGCUCUACGACAUGCAGCACACGGCGCCUGGUGCACUGGGGGAUGAGGCGGAGCCGCCCAUCAUCGAGCGCAGCGUGCAGCCGUGCGACGGCGCCGUGGCCUCGUUCGCGUGGGUGCCCACGUCGCAGAACGGCAUGCUGGCGCUCAGCCAGUCGCGCGCGCUUGUCGACUUCACGGUGUUCGAGCGCAUCGCGCUGGACUGGUGCCCCGCCGCCUCGCUUGUGUGGGCCUGCGGCCGCCAGCUCUACAACUGCGCCGAGAGCCCUGCGGGGGCCGGGCAGGCCGCCGAGCAGGACAUCUCGGCGAAGAUGAAGCGGCGCGCGCUGAACCGCUAUGGCGUGGAGACGGAGCUCGUGUGGACCAACCACGUGCUGGCCAUGGACGACGACCCGCAGCUCAAGUCGCUGUGGUACACGCUACACUUCAUGAAGCGCUACGUGCAGGAGCAGGAGGGCAAGCCCGGCAGCCAACCGCCCGCCGUCUACCAGGGCAUCAAGGCCAUCGUGCGGCCAGAUCCCGGGAAGCCGGAGAGCCUGCGCUUGUCGCGCUCGGACCCCGAGCGCCGCCUCGAGGUCUACACUUUCGACAGCGCCGAGCGGCGCUUGGCGCUCCGCCUCUGCGGGUGGACGGGGCCCCCGGCGCUCGCCGGGGACGAGCGCGAUGACCAGGGCGACGAGGCCUCCGCCGCCACGUCCACCGCGCCGCCGCCGCCGCCGCCGCCGCCGUCGUCGUCGUCGUCGUCGUCGCGGCCCUCUCCGGGACCCGCGCCGGGCCCCGCUCGGGAGCGGCUGCCGCUGCGCUCGGCGCUGGAGCCGGACGAGGAGUGGGAGCGCCGCGCCGCGAUGGCGCUCUUCCACCUACGCAUGCGCUACGCCAUCGACAUCCUGCAGCAGGGGGCGGCCUGCGCGAGCGGCGACGUGAACCUGAACGUGGUGGCCAUGGCGCUGUCGGGCUACUCGGCAGAGCGCGCGUCCCUCUGGAGGGAGAUGUGCGCCGCCCUGCGUCUGCAGCUCUCCAACCCGUACCUCCGCGCGGCCUUCGCCUUCCUCACAAGCGACGCAGGCAGCUACGAGCACGUGCUGAAUGAGCGAGGUAUGGCUGUGCGCGACCGCGUCGCCUUCGCCUGCAUGUUCCUCAGCGACGCUCAGCUGUCACGCUUUGUGGAGAAGCUGGCUGUGGAGAUGCGGGAGGCGGGGAACCUGGAGGGGAUGCUGCUGACCGGCCUCACCAGAGAUGGCAUCGACCUCAUGGAGAGCUACGUGGACCGCACGGGCGACGUGCAGACGGCAUGCCUCUACAUGCUGCAGGCCUCGUCGAGCGACAUCGUGAUGGAGGCGCGCGUGCAGCACUGGGUGGAGAGCUACCGCACACUGCUCGACACGUGGCGCCUGUGGCACAAGCGCGCCGAGUUUGACAUCCACCGCAGCAAGCUCGACGCUACGGCCCGCCCCCUCCAGCAGGUGUUUGUGAGCUGUAAUUUCUGCGGGAAGUCCAUCUCCUUCAGCGGCUCGACCACCACUCACCCCACCCGCAGCGGCUUCUCGCAGUAUGGGGGCAGCGGCUCCCCCGUCAAGUCAAAGGUCACGAGCUGCCCCGGCUGCCGCAAACCCCUGCCGCGCUGCGCCCUGUGUCUCAUCAACAUGGGCACGGCGGCCUCCAACUACACAGGUCCAUCCAAGCCGGAGGCGAAGGGAGGCCUCGGCAAGGAGCGCAAACUCUCCCAGUUCAACAGCUGGUUCACCUGGUGCCAGAACUGCCGGCACGGUGGCCACGCCGGACACAUGAUGAGCUGGUUCCGAGAGCACGCCGAGUGCCCGGUCUCCGCCUGCACCUGUAAGUGCAUGCAGCUCGACGCCACGGGCAGCCUGGCCCCCGCAGAGCCACUCUGAAGCGCGACAUGUGGGCCUUGGGACACUUGAGAGCUGGGACACUUGAGCUGGGGGACUUGGGACACCGAGCCCUAGGCCACGGCGAACUUGGCAACGGGAAUGCCGAUAUCGCCACUGUGCGUGCUGACCCCAACACUUCCAACCUCUUCAUUGUUACCUGGACACGAGGGUUUCCCCAGGGCGUCUCCUUGGGUGAGGUUGUACGAGCGAGUCUGCGCAUCUGUGGGCUGGCCGUGUGUCUGUGAAUCCAGUGCCUUGUUAGCUGGGUUUGUGUGUAACACAUGGGUUUGUGUGUAAUACAUGGGGGCGAUAAACACACUGCGUGAAGGGAAAUGAGGUGUGCUGGUAGUUUAAGUAAAGUAGGGAGAAUUCUGGUUUGGGUUGGUGGCGUAUUAGCCCACUGUGCUCUCGGAACCUGGUCAUCUGAAUUUGAUUCACAGCCACGGCCAACAUCAGUGAUGGAUACCUGCACCGGUGUGGAUAAAGCAAAUCAGGUUGAGUUGUCAAUAAAAGUGAAUUGUAACAGUG